AUGUCUGAUGGAGUAGACACACAUAUAUUAAGAUACUAUGAGAUUCAGAAACGUCUUGGAAAAGGAGCUUAUGGUAUUGUAUGGAAAGCUACUGAUAAACGAACUAAGGAAGUAGUUGCAUUAAAAAAAAUAUUUGAUGCAUUUCGAAAUCAAACUGAUGCCCAAAGAACAUAUCGUGAAAUAGUUUUCUUACGUGAAUUUGGUGAACAUCCAAAUGUUAUACGAUUACAAAAUGUUUUACGAGCAGAUAAUGAUCGAGAUAUUUAUCUUAUUUUUGAAUUUAUGGAGGCUGAUCUUCAUAAUGUUAUACGAAAAGGAAAUAUUCUUAAAGAUACACAUAAACGUUAUGUUAUGUAUCAAUUAUUAAAAGCAAUGAAAUAUCUUCACUCAGCAAAUGUUAUUCAUCGUGAUAUGAAACCAUCAAAUAUUUUAAUUAAUCAACAAUGUCGAGUUAAAAUUUGUGAUUUUGGUCUUGCAAGAUCAUUAAAUCAUGUUUAUGAAGAUCCACAACAUCCUGCAUUGACGGAAUAUGUUGCAACAAGAUGGUAUCGUGCACCAGAAAUUCUUCUUGCUUCAUCAAAAUAUACAAAAGGAGUUGAUAUGUGGUCGAUUGGUUGUAUUUUUGGUGAAAUAUUACUUGGAAAACCAUUAUUUCAAGGAACAUCGACAUUUAAUCAAUUAGAACGUAUUCUUCAAUAUAUUCCAAAACCGAGUCAAUCGGAUAUAGAUAGUAUUUCAUCACAAUAUGGACCAAGUGUAUUAGAACGUGCAUCAUCUGUACCAAGAAAAACACUUGAUAAUUUAAUUCCAGGUGCUACUGAAGAAUCAAUUGAUUUACUUCGUCGUCUUCUUCAAUUUAAUCCAGAUAAAAGAAUUAUAGCAGACGAAGGACUUCGUCAUAGUUUCGUUGUUUCAUUUCAAAAUUCAAAAGAAGAAAUUGUUAAAGGUUAUGAUGUCGUUCCACAAUUAAGUGAUGAUAUACAAUUAACUAUUGACGAAUAUCGAAAAAAAUUAUAUGAAUUAAUUCAAUUACGUAAAGUAUCAGCUAAAAUACCAACAAAUACAUCUUCAAAUUCCAAUAAUACAACAGAAGUUCAACCAUCAAAACCACGUGAGAAUUCAGCCGAUCAACAACAACAACAGCAACAACAACAACAACAACAACAACAACAACAACAACAACAACAACAACAACAACAACAACAACAACAACGUUAUGGUGCCAGUGCAUAUAUAGAUCAAUCAGAAUAUGAUUCUUUUGUACAACCAACAAUUAUAACAAAACAAGAUGAAGCUACUCGAGGAGCUUAUUCGAAUUAUACACAACCAAAUACAAAUGAUUAUAAUAAAACUCGACAAGUUUAUAAUCAAGAUAAAACUGAUGAUGAUUAUUCAAAUGAACAACAACAACAACAACAAUAUACAAAACCUUCAACAACAACAUAUCCUGGACUUCUUGGACGAACAAGUACUUAUAAUAAUUUACAAUCAACUCAAGGACAACCAAGAGUAACAAGUGCGAAACAACGAAAUUCAUCAUCUGGUUCAAAUAUAUAUCAAAAAACAAAUUUUGGAAAUUUAAUGCGUGAAAAAACAUCCACAGCUAAUCGAGGUUUUCGUUCCGGUUCAGCUCCAACACCAAUACCACCACCUAAACAAACAAAUAAUGGAAAUAAUAAUUAUUAUAUUCGUCGUCCAACUGUUGUAUUUAAUGAUGAACGUAUUGGUCCAAGUGAUAAAAGUAGUGGUGCACAAGUAAAAGUGAACCAAAAAUUUAUAUCAAGUCUUCGACCUAGUUCAGCUGUUGAUAUUCGACCUAAAUCUCGUUUUCAGUCGGCAUCAACUAUUCAACAAUUGAAUUCUGGUGCAUCAGCAUCAGCAUUUGGAUCUUAUUCUGGUCAACAACAACAACAACAACAACAACAACCACAACGUCGUCCAACAUAUGGAAAUUAUUCUAACAUGACAUCAUCAAUGAUGGCACGAGAUAAUCUUGGUGGUUAUAAUCAAAAUAUGGGUACAAUUACUCAAAAUGGACUUCGUGUUCUUGAUGGGCUUCUUCAUAAUAUCACGUAA